AGGUAACUCAUCCAUUUUUACCUGAAAAUUUUAAUUGUUUUAAUCAUCAUGUGUAGUUUUAAAAAUUAAUAUGUCAAGCUAUAGAAAAUCAUCUAAAAGAAGAAAAAUUCCAGAUCCUAAUACCAUAGAAGUUAAAUCAAAAUUUUACGCCGAAUUCAGAAGAUUUUCGGUAAACCGCCUCAAACUCAACAAAUUCCUCGAUUUCAGGGACUUGGUCCUGAAGUCCUUCCGCCUCUCCUCCAUACCCUUCACCAUCUGCUACACCGACCCGUUGCACGGCGACUUGUUGCCCAUAAACAACGACGAAAAUUUCGCGAAAGCUCUCUCCUCCGUCGUGUCCCACAACGCGUUACUGAGGAUCAUCUUGCAGAGAUUGGAGGAAGACCCGGGUCAAAUAAUCGGUUACGGCAAUCCGCCGAACGCCAACAAAAAGAAAAACAGGCUGAGCCAGUACUUGCUCAACGUUCCCAGCUAUCUUUCCGAGAAAAACGGAGCGCCCUUUUGUGGCUCCCCUCUGCACCAUCAUCAAAAUCACCACGCUCUUCCUAACGCGUAUAAUAACGGCGGUGAUGCCUAUCAACAACACGGUAGCGUGGUCGUCUAUAACGGCGGUGUCCCUCCUAGCGGGGAUAACGGGAGUUUGCCUAAAAACGGUGCUCAAAGCAAUAAAACUCACCAACAGAAUUCUCACAAUCCUGGCAUCCCAACUCCUGUUACGUCUAAUGCUACUAUCGUGAACCAUUCCAUUCUAACACCGCUCAAGGAAAGCUUGGAUCGGCUCAGUGAUCCUCACUACAAUGAAAAUGGCCACCAUCACAUCCCGGCAUUUCCGAAUCAGAGACCUCUCAUAGGUAAACCUCUGGAUUUCCGAACAGUAUCCUCCAUCAUAGACGUCGAUCUGGUACCGGAAACCCAAAGGAGGGUGCGGUUGGUUAAGCCGAAAAAACCUCUAAAAAAAGAUGGCGUUAACAAAGAAUUUAACGAGCCAGAUACGCAUUUUUAUUUCGACGAUCGUCCCCUGGGAUUUUAUAUCCGCCAGGGUUGGGCUUGUCAAAUAUCUUCCUCCGGCCUCACCCGUCUCGCCACUAUAUACGUAUCGCGUCUCGUUCCGGGCGGAAUCGCUGCCGCCACAGGUCUGCUAGCCGUGGGAGAUCAAAUUUUGGAGGUGAACGGCGUUCCCACCGACGGUAAAAGUUUGGACCAAGUGACGGAUAUGAUGGUCGCCAACGCGAGCGACUUAGUUUUAACCGUUAAACCCGCCGACCAGAGCAGUACCCUGGUGAAAGCUAGGGGACUUCCUAAGGGGUAUAACGGUUCUAUAAGCGAAAAGGAAAAUUGUGGCGCCUACAAAACGAGCGAGGAGAGACGAGAAGAAAGAAGUAGGUCCAACUGGGCCGAGAAAAAUGGCACCCCUUUAGUCGAAGCCAAACAGCGGGAAACGUUUAGCGGCAAUUCGGGGAACCGUCGCGAUGCUAACAUUGAAGAUAGGAGGAGAAGCAACCUCGGCAAAAUUGGGUGGAAGGACGAUUUACGUCCAUCAAAUAACCAUGCCAAUCAAAAUAUGGAGUGUAAAGAAGAAAAACGAAUCUCUCCCCAAAAUAAUCUCGACCCUGAACAAAUCAAAAAGGCCGCUCCCGCUAAACUUAAAGCUGUAGCGCCUUCCCCUCAACACGAAGAUUCUAAGAGGGACGACUACUACCUAGCGUUGAACGGUAGUCCGCCGCCCAUUCCGCCUAGACCUUCCUUGCUCCUUAGACAGAGACGCCCCCAUAACACCAAUCAAACACACGUUCCAGUCAGCCGAUCGCCACAACGCAUCGAUCAAAAAGGUGAUUUCGAGGCGGCACUACCCACUCCACCACCACGGAAAAAGGCUAACGAUUUUGCUGAAGGUCUAAAAAUAUCCGACGCUGGCCUAAAUGAUUCCUCCAAAUUUCCCGAAACGGGCAAAAUUUCCAAACAUCUUUUUCGUGACCCAGGUUCGCCGAAUCUCGCCAAAAAUGUCCCGAAUCGGACAGUGGACGAUUUUUACGGGCCAGCCGAUAAAAACGGUCACCGCCUUGUGGCUCGUAAUGAUAGCCCUGCUUCUCUGGCUGAUUCUACGCGCGAUAAGGGCCCACGCUCGAUCGAUUUAACGGCUAUCAAUCAAAACGAUAGAUAUUUCGCCGAAUCGCUCUUCGACGCUUCGCCUAUAUUCGGAAACGAUAAGAAACCGCCACCUUCGCUCCUGCAUUCCACAUUGAACCUCGGUAAAUCGUUUUACGAGGACGUCAUGGAUCACUUGAGCCAAUCGGAAGAGGAGGAAGAUGACGAUGACGUCAUGAUUUAUGAUGUGACUAACCAAAAUGUAGACCACGAUAACCUCAAUCAUGGCGAUAAAUCGAAUUCUGUAACCUCCGAUAUUCAUUCCGCCAAAAGAAUUUCGCCCCUGGUGGUAAAACACGGAGGAUAUACGGCGGAAAAUGGCAAAACCAAAUUAAGUGCCGAAUAUGGCGGCGGUGUCGUGAUUCGCGGUGACAAUUCCGCGAAAAAUAAUCAGAAUUCUCAGCCCGGUCAGCAUCAUUAUAAAAAGCGGGCCACAUACUACGACGACUACGUCGCAUUCAGCCACCAAGAAAACAGUAAUAUAAGCGACAUCGACACUUUCCUGAAGUCCGCUAUCAGGUUAUCAGCUGUUCGGGGCAUGGGGACUAAUGACCCUAAGAAGUUAUCGGCAAUAUCGAAUAUUUUUUCGCCUUCCCACACCAAUUCCAUAAAUCCUUCCCUCCUUUUUUCCCCGCCUGUCAGAACUUCGGCUAAAAAACGGGCACCUAAGCCCCCUAUGCUAUGUUCCAAGAUCUGAUUAUUCACAACACUCAUUUUUUUUUAAAAAAUAAGAAAAUUUUAUGUAGAAAAAGUUUUUAAAAAGACUCAGAAAACUCGAAUGCUAAUCACUUAUGAUUUAUGUUUGAUUGACUUGAACUAUUGUCCUCAGAUUUCAUUUUCGCCUACGGUUGCGGAACACCGCGUGAAUGAACGAAUGAAUUUUUUUUUAUCUUUAUUUCCAUUUUUUUUUAUUUUAAAAAAAUUAAAAUAUUUUAGGAAUUUAUAUGAAUUAUAUUUAUAUUUUUACAAAUUCGACCAUCACACUUAUUACGACUUAUAAUAUAAUUUAUUUUAAUUAUUCUAUUUUUUUUAAAACUUCAUAUCGCACGAGAAAAAUAAAAUUUAAUUUUUUCGAAUUCCCUAUCACCCCCCCCCCCUUCCAACCUCCCGAAUUUUAUACGAUUCGCUUACACGUUGUAAACUUUAUAUAUAUAUAUAUAAGUAUUCAACAUUUAUUUUCAAUUUAACGUAAAGGAAAUUAGAAAUUUUUUCAAAAUAAUUAUUAAAAAUUUAAUUUAAUACAAUUUUUUAUUUUCGUUUUCUGAUUCUUCCUAAGUUGACACGCGCUUAUCAAUUUGGACAGUUGUUUGUUUAGUCUCUGGCAAUCCAAAGAAACGCACCAUAUUUUUUUUUGAAGAGAUAUCUAAGAUAUCUUAAGGAUAAAACUCCUAGAAAAAAAAUAAUAAUCUGAUUAUUAUUAAAUUUGUUUUUUAUUAUUUCGCUAUGAGUUAUAACCCCCCAAUGUUUUAUUUAUCUUUAAAAUGAGUUUUCUAGACAAUAAAUUUAGGGGGGGAUUUAUAUUAUAUUUCCGAUUUCUAACAGACAAAAUACACAA